UCAGAAGCUUCCUGUCGAAGCAACCCGGUACCACGACGAGAAAACUCCGGCGAUCGGCCGUCUCCUCCGCCGUCCCUUCUACGCCAUGAAUUCGAGAUCCUCAUCGCGCGCCGCCUCCAACGCCGCCGCCUUCCCCUCCUCCUCCGCUCCCUCUGGUGACUCCCGCAAGAGGAGCAGAAACCCUCCCACCACAAACCCACAAAGGCCUCUCCGCUCGAAGACCAAGGCCCCUUUCGCCGACUUUCGAAGUUACAUGGUGGAGAAGAACCGGAAGCUGCGGGCCCAGUUCCAAGCAGACGCAACCACUUCGUCCCUCGGCGCUGGCAGCGGCCGUGCUGACUCCGGCGAUGAUAAGGGAAUAUUCCAUGGGGUUUCCAUUUUCGUUGAUGGAUUUACCAUUCCGUCCAGUCAGGAACUGAGGGGGUAUAUGCUGAAGCAUGGUGGGCGGUUUGAGAAUUACUUCUCGAAGCAUACUGUGACUCAUAUCAUUUGUGGCAAUCUACCUGAUAGUAAAAUGAGAAACCUUCGGGCAUUCAGCCAUGGACUGCCUGUUGUGAGACCUCAGUGGGUGCUGGAUUGUCUGGCAGCUAAUGGGCUCUUGAGUUGUGCUCCUUAUCAACUUGGAGGGCUUGUGAAUGGAACCUGCAAACAACAGAAACUUUCAACUUACUUUCAUCACCAGGGCAUCUCAAGUUGUAAUGAUGCUAGAACUACUGUUAAUCAGGAUGUGAAAAUUGAUGUGGAUCCUAAGCAAUUAGUAUUACCUCCAGAGGGCCAAUGUUUUAGAUGCGAUGGGCCCAGUGGCCAAGCCACUGAAGAGUUGGAAUGCAUGAAAGUUGAAAAAUUGUAUGGAGAGAUAAAUGCAAACCCAGAAUCAACUGAUCUGGAGGUCAAGUUUAGUGUUCCACCUGCAUCUGGUGCCAUUCCUUCUCCUUUAAGUAUGAUUAAUAAGAGUUACAUGGGCCAUCAAAAAAUACAUGAAUCUUUGGAUUCAAGUGUAAAUUGCAUAGGAGCUUCCAAUCAGGUACACUCAACACUUACAGAUCCAAACUUCGUGGAGAACUACUUCAAGAGCUCUAGGCUGCAUUUCAUUGGAACCUGGAGAAAUCGAUAUCGAAAGCGUUUCUCUAACUUGCUCACUGGAUAUAAGAGCAGCAAUGAGAAAACCAAUUGUUGUGUGGCCAAGCAGAAAGCUUCAAUUAUACAUGUAGAUAUGGACUGCUUUUUUGUAUCAGUGAUCAUAAGAAACUUCCCAGACUUGGUAGAUAAGCCUGUAGCAGUGUGCCACUCGAACAAUCCUAGAGGAACAGCUGAAAUAUCCUCUGCAAAUUAUGUGGCAAGAAAUUAUGGAGUGAAGGCUGGGACGUUUGUCAGAGAUGCCAAGGCUUGCUGCCCUCAUCUUGUUAUCUUGCCUUAUGACUUUGAGGCUUAUGAAGAGGUAGCUGAGCAGUUUUAUAGUAUAUUGCAUAAACACUGCAGCAAAGUUCAGGCGUUAAGCUGUGAUGAAGCAUUUUUGGAUGUGACAGGAUGUGACGACGAUCCUGAAGAAAUUGCAUCAAUGAUUAGGAAGGAGAUCGAAGAUACCACCCGCUGCACAGCCAGUGCAGGUAUUGCUGGAAAUUUGCUUCUGGCUUAUUUGGCUACUAGAUCUGCUAAACCAAAUGGCCAACGAUUCAUUCCAUCUGAGAAGGUUGAGGACUAUUUGAAAGAUCUUCCUGUCAUGGCACUUCCAGGCAUUGGGUAUGCUACAUAUGAGAAGCUGAAGAGCAGACAAAUUCAAACUUGUGGUCAGAUGUACAUGAUACCGAAGGAAGCUCUACAGAAGGACUUUGGUAUAAGAAUUGGUGAUAUGUUGUGGAAUUAUUGUCGAGGAAUUGAUAAUCGAACAGUUGAAGUUGUUCAGGAAAGAAAAUCCGUCGGAGCUGAAGUUAAUUGGGGAAUUAGGUUCAAUAACCUCACAGAUUGUCAUCAUUUCCUUGUGAACCUCUGCAAGGAGGUCUCAUUGCGGCUGCAAGGAUGUGGAUUGCAAGGACGUGCUAUUACAUUAAAGGUAAAAAAAAGAAAGAAAGGAGCAGCAAAGCCAUUAAAGUUUAUGGGCUGUGGAGACUGUGAAAGUGUGAGCCGGUCCAUUACGGUACCUGUUGCCACAGAUAAUGUAGUUGCACUUCAGAGAAUAGCCAAGCAGAUUUUUGCUUCUUUUCAUGUUGAUGUCAAGGAAGUUCGUGGCAUUGGCUUGCACAUGACAAAGCUUGAGAGCUCGGAUAUUAGUAGAAAAGGGCAUGUGGACAAUGCACUAGAAUCGUGGCUCAGUUCUUCCACGGUUGACACUGGAAAAAAAAGUGAACAAAUUACUUGUGCAGAUAAACAGUGUGAUAAUGGAGGUUUGCCAUUGCCUAAUGGGGAACCUCAAUCAAGAUGCAUAUAUGGUUCAAAUCAACAAGAUUUGGGGAAAUCUAAGUCUUUGUGUGAUAGUGAUACUGGUUAUAAUUGUCUUCCAGAUAAGGAUGCCAGGUGUUGCAGAUCUUAUGAAAUGAGAGCCUCAGCAUUGCCUCGUCUAUGUGAUCUAGAUAUAGAUGUAGUUAAGGAUCUUCCUAGAGAUAUAGUAUUGGAAAUGGAUGAUAUUUAUGAGGGGGAACUUUCUGAUCUUAUCAGGAAGAGUGAAAAGAAGGGUAGCCGCAGCAGCUCAUGCUCCUCCAGCGUAUCCUUGCCAAAUGAGGACACUAAUGUUAUUGAUGGUUACAUAGCUAGUGGGCAUGUUGAUUCUCCAGAACUGGAUUUAGGUGCUAAAGAUAAAGGGAAGCUGCCUGUUCGUGAGACUUUGAAUCCAAAAACAGUUGAUCCUUGUAGAAGUAAGAAUCCAAAUAAGAAGGCGCAAGUCUCUGUAUUAGAAAAUGUGAAGUCUGUGGAGAGAACAUGUCUGAAAAUUCAAUCACACAAUUCUUGCUCAAGAUUAAACGAGCUGCAUAUUACCUCAACCAUGGGGCCACAACAGUUAAUGCCUGCAUCGCUUAGCCAAGCAGAUGCUUCAGUUCUGGAACAGUUGCCUGAAGAUGUAAAGGCUGAUAUAUGUGGCUUCCUUCCAGUUCACAGGAAAAUAAAAGUAUGUAAGGAUGUUCCUUUUGGGUUUGAUGUUCCAAACAGUGUUAAACAUUCCAGUCCAUGGUAUACCAAAUCAUAUCUUUGGUUGGGCAGUCCACCAUUUUGGGUGGAGAAAUUCAAGAUAAGCAACAGCUACUUUUUGAAUGCAAUUGCUAUGUUGUAUGCCGAAUCUGGCAAGGAUAUUCUUCUCUCUUCUAUUCUUCAGUCUAUAACUCCAUUGCUUUCAUCAGUUUCUGAGUCAAGUUGUGAAGAAUAUGAUGAAGCACUUCAUAGCUUGCAUGAGGUUAUUUCGCAGUAUAUUGUUCUAAAGAUUGGAUCUGAUGUGGAGGAGCUUUACAAUUGCUUUUGUUUUCUGAAACGGUUUUCUACGGUGUCAAAGUUGUUAUUGCGAGUAUACAACAGUACACUUCCUCUUUUUCAGGCUUCCAUGAGUGAGAUCUACGGAGGAAAAUUACGGCUUUCUGUUAUUCGUGAAAAGCCUGGUGAAGAAUGAAAUUGCUGUUUGUUGAACCAUUGUGCUUCAGGGUUCACUGCAUCUUGACAUUGAUGCUUGGUCCUUGUGGGGGAUUCACAGAUAAAAUUUUGGUUUUGUACAUAGCAAGCACUUCUUGGUUUUAAUAAUGUAUAUAUGCCUGGCAGUGAGAUACUAGUGAUCCAAAAAAAUAUGAAGUAACAAAUAAAAGGAAACAAUGGAGGAAUUGAGUUGAUCUGUCAUAGUUGAUGCAUCAAUUAUUUGUGGCAGCAACUACAGUGGGUAGCCUGGUUUGUUCUAUAAGAAAAUAGAAAGAUAAUUGGCUGAUGCCACACCAGUAUCCAGUAGCACAGUGAGAUCUUGUGGCCCAACAACGUCAUGACAGUCCGAUAAAUCCGGUUACUCUUUUACAUGAAGUUGGCUACAUAUGAUGCAUAUAUUCAAGAACUUACGUUUUUAAACAUUUUAGAGGACAGACACUUACUAACUAAUUUGUCGUCUCCAAAGUUUGAUACAACUGAGGACAAAUGUUUUUUGUGCUGAACUGUUUAUAUUAUAUUAUUAAUGAGGGAAAAGGAUUCAUGUA